ACCCACCCAAAAAAGACCACCAAUCCGACGAGUCCGACCACGCUCGCUUUCCGCAUCGGUCUCUCCUCUCCCAGAGUCCCUGUGGCGCGCGGCAGCGCUUCUCCGAUUCUUCCCGCAAGGAAGGCAGCGGCAAUCGGCCCCCGUUAUAAAACCUAUGAUCCGACGCCGCCUUGAUCCACCACGGCCUCCUCGUCCUCCGCAGCGCGCGCCCCCAUCUCGACGACACGAAUCCGCCGCCGUUUUCCGCGCGAGAGACAGAGACCUCGACGCGGCCGCCGCCGCCGCCGCCGCGUACCGCCGGGCGACGACCCCGAUCCACCCGCUGCUUUCUCCAGGAUUUCAGAAUGACUGAAAGUAUCAGUAACUACGAUAUGGGGGAGCAGUGUAUUAAAAACAUCCUCUCUCUAAUCAAACCAGUGGAGGAUGAUAGAAUGAAACGGCUAUAUGCAAUCCAGGAGCUGUCAAAUUCAAUACAUAAAGUUGCAGCCUUACGAGAUGCCGUUUUUAAACCUUUUGGGUCCUUUGUAUCGGACCUUUACUCAAAGUCAGGCGAUUUGGACAUAUCGGUUCAGCUCCCAAACGGUACAGUCUCCAGUAUAACCAAGCAGAAAAAGCAAUAUGUCUUGAAGGAAUUAAUGCGAUCGCUAAAAAGUAGAGGUGUUGCCGGACAAGUGCAGUUCAUUCCUUAUGCAAGAGUUCCAGUUCUUCAGUAUGUGAGCAACACCUCUGGAAUUUCAUGUGAUAUAUCCAUUAACAAUUACGCUGGGAGAAUUAAAUCCAAAAUCUUCAAGUGGAUCAGUAGUUUAGAUGCACGUUUUAGUGAUAUGGUUUUACUGGUCAAAGAAUGGGCGAAAGCUCAAAACAUUAAUGAUCCAAAAACUGGAACCCUAAACUCCUAUUCAAUUUGUCUGUUUGUUUUGUUCCAUUUUCAGACAUGUGAGCCAGCAAUCCUUCCACCUCUUAAGGAUAUUUAUGAAGGGAACAUUGAAGAAGAUAUUGCUGAAACCACAGGGUAUGAUGAGGAACAUCUCGAUGAGGUUUGCUCUGCAAAUAUAGAAAAUUUUCAACGUGAGAACAAGGAACAAAGGAAUGAAAGCUCUCUUUGUCAUCUGCUUGCAACCUUUUUUCGCAAGUUUGCCUCUAUCGAGACCCUUUCGGGAGAUGUGAUAUCCACUUACACGGGCCAGAUCAAACGAAUAGAGGAGAACCCAAGUUGGAUGGCCAGAUCAUACAGCUUAUUUAUCGAAGACCCAAUUGAGAGGCCUGAUAAUGCCGCUCGAGCCGUCUGCUUGAGAGGCCUUGAGCGAAUAGCUAGAGCCUUCACAGCUGCCAACAGUAAGUUCGCGUCUCUUGAGGGUGCCAGCCGCAAUGACUUACUGGAGAUGAUGUGUACGACUGCCGUUGUCUCGAAGCUUGUUACAAGAGAUAGCCAAGAAGGCACGGCUAACUCCUGUACAGACACUCCAGGGGUUAGCCAUCAACAUGCCAGGACUAUGGGGCAUUUGCCAGCGGGGCCAUCUGGUAAUCAAAAUCACCACGGGACAGGAGGAGGAUCUACGGUUGGCAGUCGAGUUCAUACCCCCCCUCCGCGCGCGUACGAUACAGCGCGCCAACCAACUGGAGGCCACCGCAAUCGUAGCCAGCCAGCAGGAGUGUAUCAAACAGCUGGACCAUACCAGAGCAAUGGCCAUCAGCAGGGGUACACUAGAGAUCUCCAAGAAACAGGGCACCGGAACUAUAGCCAUCCAAUGGCAGAAUCACACCAGAGUAAUGGCCAGGCACAGGUGCAUGCUACCAGCAUCCAAGCACCUAGGCAAUACCAGAACCGUAGCCAGCAGCCCCCGGCCAGAAGCUACAAUCACCAGUCGUCACGUCCAACGGAGACAGAAGGAUCAUGGCGUAAUCAGCAGCAGAAACCAACGCAGUACAGCAAUCAUAGCCAACAACGCCCGGCCAGAAAUUACAGUCACCAAUCGUCAAAUCCUACGACGACCGAGGCAGGAGUACACCGGACUCAGCAGCAGAGACAACAACAUACAUCAGGCCGUCAGACAAAUAGGAAUGCUGUGAAUACGAGGCACGCGCCUGAUGCUGGAAGGCCCCCCCAAAACGGACCAAGACCUCGAGAGUCGGGCACGAGAGUAUGGCGACCAAAGGAGCCGCAAACAGGGCGUACUAACCAGAACAGAUAGCAACGGGUUGCAUCGCAGCGUGUGUUUUGAGAUAGAUCGUGUUAAUUUGUGAUGGCUUUCUUCAGCCACUGCAAUAACUGUGAUUCGCAAAAUGCAAUCCCAUGAUUUUGUGCAGGUCCAAGUUAAUCGAUCUAGAUUCUUGUUUUUUUGACUCUGA